AGCCACUCCUGUCCCCAGCACCCGCCCGCGGCGGUUCGGGCCAGAAUCCAGGCGCAGAACCUCACCGGGGCCAGGACCAGAAAGCCGGGGCAGAUCCGAACCUCACCGGGGCCAGGACCAGAAAGCCGGGGCAGAUCCGAACCUCACCGGGGCCAGGACCAGAAAGCCGGGGCAGAUCCGAACCACACCCGGGGCAGGACCAGAAAGCCGGGGCAGAUCCGAACCACACCCGGGGCAGGACCAGCCAGCCCCCCAAUACUGGGGCAAACUCGAAUCUCUCCAGAGGAGACCCAGGACCUAGGGGCGGAACACAGCCCCUCCCGGAGCCGUCCGGACAAGGAAUCAGGGACAGGACCAGGCAGGCACCAGAGAGAAUCCACCGGUAAAACCGAACCGAGGCCACGCACAGACUUAGGGACGCGGCUGAACGCUUGCAGCUGACCGGGCACAGAACGACCCCCCUCGGGCGCCAGCCCCACCCGGCACCUUGCAGAACCCGGGAUCGGGACCAGGACUCCAGAGCCGCGACCCAGCGCAGAGCUCAGCCUCCGAAGCCGCGUCACCUGCAGUCCCCGGGCACCCGGAGUUCCCCGCCCGCUCCCAGGAUCCCCCUGUCCAGCCCGGCAUGAAAUCUCUGCCUCCGGUUGCGCUGGGUUGCAUCAGCCUGACGCUGUGUCUGCUGCAGCUGCCGGCCUCCCUGCCGCUGCCCGUGGGGCGCACCCUGCUGCUGCCUAAACACAGGGAGCCCCCGGAUAGGAGAGCCGCCGCGCUGCUGGGGAAUCGGCCCCUGAAGAGGAGAACGGUGGAGCUGCUCUGGGUUGGCACUGCGAGAGCUCAGCUGGACUGGGAGCAGCCUGGGAGGGCCCUGCCGCAGCCCCUCGCCGGCCCCAAAGGCAGAGCACGACGCUCAUUGACUGGCCCCUGGCGUGCCAAGCGCCACGCGGCCCCACGCCACCACCACGCCCACCUGAUGCGUGUGGGUUGCGUCCUGGGCACCUGCCAGGUACAGAACCUUGGGCACCGCCUCUGGCAGCUGAUGGGCCAGUCGGGCCUCCAGGACUCGUCACCCAUGAACCCCAACAGCCCCCACAGCUAUGGAUGAAGGAGGGGGCAACCGUGGGGCACGAGCACGUGGGACUGGAUUACUUCGGGCGGAGACCUCGCCCCAUGUGCUGCUAGGGGUGGCCACCCCCCGUACAUUGUGUAGGAGCCUUUACUAAAGCGCUGCCAAAGCCAACCCCCCAUUUGCUGUGUCUUCUGGUCCCAUGCAGCGCCGGCUGGGACCUUGGGCUCCCAGCACAAGGGGACAGCUGCCCCCCAGAGCAUUGAUUGCAGCCCCCAUGGCUGCCGGCGUGGCCUAGCCCA